UCUUGUUGAAGUCGACUCGUCCAGUCCUCUGUCAUGUUUGGAACCUCAACAGCGUUCGGCUCCAGCUCCUCUGGUGUGUUUGGCCAGAGCAACACCGGAUCACACAACCCGAUGAAGGAUAUUGAAGUCACGUCCCCUCCGGAUGACAGCAUCAGCUCGUUGCGAUUCAGCCCGGCUUCUAUCCCCAACACAUUCCUCAUCGCAGGAUCCUGGGAUAACAAUGUUCGUUGCUGGGAGAUCCAGAGUAAUGGACAGACGAUCCCCAAGGCACAACAAACCCACACAGGUCCUGUCAUGGACGUAGAUUGGCAUGAUGAUGGCACCAAAGUGUUCACUGCUUCCUGCGACAAUACAGCCAAGAUGUGGGAUCUCAACAGUAAUCAAGCCAUUCAAAUUGCUCAGCAUGAGGGACCUAUAAAGUGUGUUCGUUGGAUCAAAGCCCCUAACUACUCGUGCGUCAUGACCGGCAGCUGGGAUAAAACGAUCAAGUUCUGGGACACCCGGACACCCAACCCUAUCCUCAGCAUCCAGCUUCCUGAGAGGUGCUAUUGUGCUGAUGUGAUGUAUCCAAUGGCAGUGGUGGGUACAGCGGACAAGAACGUCAUUAUUUACCAGCUUGAAAAUCAGCCUUCAGAAUUCAGACGUAUGGAUUCACCAUUGAAAUAUCAGCUGAGAUGUGUUGCCAUCUUCAAGGACACCAAGAAGAACGUUCCGACUGGGUUUGCCUUGGGGAGCAUCGAAGGUAGAUGUGCAAUCCAGUUUGUCCAGGCGGCAAAUCCGAAAGACAACUUCACCUUCAAAUGUCAUAGGACUAAUGGGACCUCGUAUAACAGCCAAGAUAUCUAUGCAGUUAACUCAAUAGCAUUCCACCCAGAGUAUGGUACACUUGCCACAUCAGGCUCCGACGGAAAGUUCAGUUUCUGGGACAAGGAUGCCAGGACAAAAUUGAAGACCUCGGAACAGAUGGAACAGCCGAUCACGUGUGGUGCUUUUGACGCCAAGGGCCAGAUAUUUGCCUAUGCUGUCAGCUACGAUUGGUCAAAGGGACACGAGUUCUACAACCCACAGAAGAAGAACUACAUCUUCCUGCGAGGAAACGCCACCGAAGAACUCCGCCCAAGGAAUAGAAGGAGCUAAUGUCAUAGGUCAGUAGGCGGAAACCAGACUGUCCCUUUGGGGGUCAAAGGUCGCGGAAACGAAGAGUAUUGGUGUCCCUGUAGCGGUAAGGAGCGAAUGAGAAUGAGAAUUGGGUGAAAAGUGCUCAAAGUUUACUGUAAUGAUUUCAUAAGUAUUCAAUUCAUUUGCAUCUUUGAUAAUGCAACAGGCAGGUAGACCUGUGAAUCUGACCCCAGAUUGACCUAAUCUGUCACCAAUGACUUAAGCCCGGCGCACACUACGCGGUUCGUUGUGAUCCAAUUUUCCAAGAAAUUAUAAUUGCAUUUUAUAUAAACAUUCCAACCAAUAAAAUCUUCGCGAUCAGAGAUAAGAAUAGUGGUAGGACUACCGAAAUCAACAUUCAGUCCAGUUCGAGCCUCCCUGUAGGAAUAAAAGCAAAUUGAAUUCCAAAUCGCAAUGAAGUCAUCAUCUGUUGUGACUUGAAUCGGAUUUUGACUUUACUCCGACAACAGGGCUUGCCGCAAAGCAAAAUUAUGAUUUUUUUUCCUAACAGUAUCCCAAACUUCAAAUAAAGUAAUUUUUCUUCUUGGAACUUUCACAUUUAAUGCAAAAUGUGAUUUAUUAGAAAAUUGUGUCGUAUUUGAUCGCAUAAUGUGCGCUGGGGUUAACCAUUGGUUAGUUUGGAGUCAAUGAUGGUGUGACUUAAAUCCUUAACAUCAAGUUUGGCGAGGGCUCAUGAUGGGUAGAAGAUGACGAAAUUGAAUCUCCUAUUAGAAUGAGAUAGAUAAAAUGGGAAAUUAUCAAAUGCUACAUAUUACUAUCCUCAAACUUUGCAACCACAAUAAAGUUUUCAUUCUAGAUGCUUAAUAUUUCAUCAAAAUUUAUGUAAAAUAUUAAAGAGAGAUGUGACAUUUCAGAGGCAGAAUCAAGGAUUCCUUGGUGGGAGGGGCAUACUUUUUCUGUCAAAAUUUCUUUUGACAAGCAAAAAAAAAGAAAUCAAAAUUGAAUGUAAAAUAAGUGACAACAUUUCAUUGGCAGAAUUGCAGAUUUUGAAGGUGGGGGGGCGGGAGCACAUGUAUUUCUGUCAAAAAUUAUUUUGCCAACCCCCCCCCCAAAAAAAAAAAAAAUUAAGGGUCUUUUGGUCCCGCCCCCUGAGAUUGGCCACUGCAUUUCAAAGUUUUGCUUAUUUUCACAUAACAGUUAUAUGCACAGCACAAGUGAAAAUGCCAAAAAAAAUCACAUCCAAGCAGGUGACCUCUCACACUCCAUAUUUCUUUUGUUAUCAUGUAUGAAUUUUAAAGGUCAAGUCCACCUUAGAAAUAAGUUGAUUUGAAUCAAUAGAGAAAAAUCAGACAAGCAUAAUGCUGAAAAUUUCAUCAAACUUGGAUGUAAAAUAAGAAAGUUAUGAAGUUUUGCUUAUUUUUCACAAAAUAGUUAUAUGCACAUUUAGUCACAUGCAAAUGAGAGAAUUGAUGAUGUCCCUCACAUACUUUCUUUUGUUAUUUAUUGUUUGAAUUACACAAUAUGUCAAUUUUUACAGAUUUGAAAAUAAGGACCAACUUGACUGAACCAUAAAAUGUUAAACAAUGGUAAUUCCACAUGUUCAGGAAGAAAUAAAACUUUGUUUCACAGGACAAUGAGGAGAAAAUUAGAAUAUUUCAUAUUUCAUCUAAUAAAAUACAAAAGGAAUAGUGAGUGAGUGAUGUCACUUCUUCCCUCAUUUGCAUACCAACCAGGAUGUGCAUGUAACUGUUGUGAAAUUAAGCGAAAAUUGAUAAUGUCAUAACUUUCUUAUUUUAAAUCCAAUUUUGAUGAAAUUUUCUAUUUUUAUUCAAAUCAACAUUUUGUUGGGGUGGACUUGUCCUUUUUUUUUGGGGGGGGGUGGUAGAUUUGACAAUAAUGACCUUGAUUGAGUCAGAUGAUCUCACAACAAUGAAUCUCCUCAUGUUCACAAAGAAAUCAGACCAAGUUUAGCGUGAUAUGUCAAAAUGCAAAAGAAAUAGUGAGAUGGUAACAUAAGUUCCCUCAUUUGCAUACCAGCUGGGUAUUGAUGUUUCUGUUUUGUGAAAUCAAGUGAAACUUUGAGAUAUCACAACUCUAAAAUGUAAUUGCAUUUGAAUUUUGCAUCUUUCGGUUAAGAUAAACAAGAAUGCGUUUGUGGUCAAUCGUAUCCAAGGAAAAUUUCCAGCCACUUUUUCAACAAUAUCCUUUUAACACUUGCACCUUUGCUUUUCACAUUUUAUAACCAUUUCUAAUUAACCCGUUUUUAGAAGCAAUGCAUAUUUCCAAUUGGCGCAAUUAUCCUAUAGUGUUUCAAGAUGCCUGCAUAAGCAAUGAAAAAUCACAAAGUUAGUCUCUUAUUUAUAUUUCAAAUAUACUAUUCAAUGUCUACAAUCUUCAAAUUGCAUAAUCUUUUUUUUCACCUGAUUCCUUAGACAAUGCACUAUCAUGGUAUAAAAAAAAUCAAUUUAAAUAACACACUUUUCAUUGCCACAAAACAAAAGGUACACUUUAUACAUGUUCAUCUAAAAUAAUGUUUCUGUUUGCUGUAACCCUUCGGACCGUUCUCAAAAAGGAGGAUGAUUAUGAUACAUGGCAUUUGCAAAACGCUGUUUAUCCAUUUGCCCAUUUAAAGGCGCCCUGCCCUAUAUAUUAACUCCAUCUAUUGUUUCCAGUCAUGAAUGUAUCUUGCGUGUAUUUAAACUCUUUGCAUGCUGAAUUAAUUUUGAUGGGAUAAUAAUGAAAAUUGAUAAAUCCAUGUUAUUUUCUUAAUUCAAGAUUUCCAUAUUGCACCUUUACUACUUCUUAUUAUUAUUGAAUAGAUGUUAUCCAAGAACUAUUGCCUUUUAUUAGCUUAUCUUAUUUGAAGGUAGGGGAGAAAAAUAAUCAUUACGAUUGUUGAAUUUAAUUGUACGAAUGUGCAAGAUUGCAACAUCAGCGCGCAAAGGGUUAAUGCAAUUCAUCUGCUUACAUUUUUUGUUGCCCUCAUCUUUCCUAAUUCACCAGUUUUACAUUAUUUUAAUGCAAGGGGCACUGAACUAGAAAAAAACAGUGAUUCUCCUCCAUAGGCCUAUUGAAGAUAAUCUUGAUAUAUAUCUCCUUUCAUCAAACAAUCAUAAAUAUAAUGUGAAUUCAGUGUUAGAAAUAUGAUGAUCAUGUGAUCUUUAUUAAAAACAGGAAUACAUAGAAGCAUAAUAUACUAAAAACACAUUGGCCCAAAUUAAGUUCACAAAGGUGGUUUUGAAAACCCAUGGUUGAAUCCAUGGUUUAUGCAGAUUUCCUGUAUAAAUAACGCUUAAUUUAACAUGUAUCGGGCGCGUGUAUAAAACAUGCCCAAUGCUGAUGCACGGUUUUGUCACAGUGCGCCAAAUUGACGCCUGUUACCAUGGUAAGAUACGCUAUUUUAUUCAUGAGUCCCGUACUGUUUGAAGAGUGGACUCAUUAUUCAAAACAGUGGACUCAUGAAUAAAAUAGCGUGGAUAACCACGGCAAUAGGCCUCGAUUUGGCGCACUGUAACAAAAGCGCGCGUCAGCAUUGGACGUUUUUCAAUAUACGCAGUAAAUAAGCGUAAUUUAUACAGAAAAUCUGCAUAUAAACCAUGGACUCAACCGUGGGUUUUCAAAACCAACUUUGUGAAUUCGGGCCAUUAUUUCUCAAAUACUAUAGUGUGAAUGUUGUAAAGAUUGGAAUGAAAUUAUUUGUCAUUGUAUUAUCAGACUACCUAUGAGAAAUAUAUUGCAUCCAUCCAUAUUUAUUGAAAAAAUUAAUGGAGCAACAACCCGCCAUUUUGAAGGCACCAGAACCGCUUAAAAGUACUCCAAAAGGUCAAGGGUGCACAAAGUUCCACACUUUUUUCUCUUGCAUGUGUGUGUUAGUCUGGCCCCAUGUAUUGUUAAUUGUGUUAUGGAGUACUUUUUUUUUAUAGCUUCAAGAUCGUGUGUACGACAGCAUACAAUGAGCUCUAUCCAUUUUUUUUUUAAAUAUCAGUGAUAAUGAUGCAGGGUUCACAAUCUGAGGUAGUUAAAGCCUUGAGAUGGCGCUAUUCAAUGUGGCUAUCAUGGCUUCUUCAUAUGCUGCCAAAAUAUCCAAACUGAUGGUCUCUUGCCUAUUGCCAUAUGGAUUAUUCAAUGUUUUCAAGUAUUUUUUACAACUAAUAACUUAAUUGCACCCCUCUCAAUUCAAUUGAAUAAUCCGUAAUACAUUUGAUAUGAAUUUAAUCAACAUCUCUGACAAGAUAUGUUCAGUUAUGUCAUAAUUUAUGUUAGUUUAUUACAAAAGGUGCUUGUCCAAUUAUGUGCACAAAUUUGUUUUGAUAAUGCUAGUAAUAACUAUGGUCAGGUUUUUUUUUUAAGAAAUUAUUAUUUGAUAAGAAUACAUUUGAUGCCUUGAUGAGAAUGGAAAGCUAUAUAUACCUUCAUGAUUCAGUUGAUCUUAAUUUUGAUUUAGGAGGUUUAUAUCAAAAUUACAGGCAGAUGGCUAUAAAGAUGUGAAUGCUUAAAGGAAAACGUGAAAUUUUUCAUUUGUUCCUUUAAAUAAAAACUUUUUUUUUCUUUUAAAGAAAAUCAACUGUAAACCUAAUUGGAAUAGUGUAUUCUUGAAUAAUAUGAGGAAAUGAUAAAAUCAUUUAGAC